UGGACCGUCGCCUCUGGGCUGCUGCCGGCCGAUUUCUUCUUUCUCCAGGAAGAAAAAUGGCAUCUGUUGCAGUUGAACUGCAACUGAGUGUGGUGACAAGGGUGGCUAACCUUCCCUUGGUGAGCUCCACAUAUGACCUCGUCUCCUCGGCUUACAUCAGUACAAAGGAUCAGUAUCCCUACUUCAAGUCUGUGUGUGAGAUGGCAGAGAAGGGUGUGAAGACCAUCACCUCAGUGGCUCUGACAAGUGCUCUGCCAGUCAUCCAAAAGCUAGAGCCACAAAUUGCUGUUGCCAAUACCUAUGCCUGUAAGGGGCUAGACAGGCUUGAGGAGAAACUGCCUAUUCUGAAUCAGCCAACAAACCAGGUUGUGGCCAAUGCCAGAGGGGCUAUGACUGGGGCAAAAGAUGCUGUGACGACUACUGUGACUGGGGCCAAGGAUUCCGUGGCCAGCACCAUCACUGGGGUGGUGGACAAGACCAAAGGAGCAGUGACUGGCAGUGUGGAGAAGACCAAGUCCGUGGUCAAUGGCAGCAUUAACACAGUCCUAGGAAGUUGGAUGAUGCAGCUGGUGAGCAGUGGAGUAGAAAAUGCUCUCACCAGAUCAGAGCUGCUGGUAGACCAGUACCUCCCUCUCACCAACAGCGAACUAGAAAAAGAAGCCAAAAACGUGGAAGGAUUUGAUACUGUUCAGAAGCCAACUUAUUAUAUUAGACUGGGAUCCCUGUCCACCAAGCUCCGCUCAUGGGCCUACCAGCAGGCCCUCAGCAGGGUUCAAGAAGCUAAACAAAAAGGCCAAGAGACCAUUUCUCAGCUCUAUUCUACUGUCAACCUGAUUGAAUUUGCCAGGAAGAAUGUGCAUAAUGCCAACCAGAAAAUUCAGGGCGCUCAGGAUAAGCUCUAUUUCUCCUGGCUGGAGUGGAAGAGAAGCAUCGGCUAUGAUGAUACAGAUGAAUCCCACUGUGCUGAGCACAUAGAGUCACGUACUCUUGCUAUUGCCCGCAACCUGACUCAGCAGCUCCAGACCACAUGCCACACCCUCCUGUCCAACAUCCAAGGGUUACCACAGAACAUCCAAGAUCAGGCCAACCACGUGGGGGUGAUGGCUGGCGACAUCUACUCAAUGUUUCGCAGCGCUGCCUCCUUUAAGGAAGAGUCUGAUGGCCUCCUCACUUCCAGCAAGGGGCAGCUGCAGAAAAUGAAGGAGUCUUUAGAGGAUUAUCUUGUUAACAACACGCCCCUCAACUGGCUGGUAGGUCCCUUUUAUCCUCAGGUGACUGAGUCUCCCAAUGCUCAGGCCCAAGGUACAGCCAGGAGGCCUGGCAGCCUGAGGGCAAAACACUUUAAACCUGACCCUGUCAGCAAUGCACAGGGCAGCCAGCCAGACGACGCCUCCUCUUAUGUUGAAACCCGCUAGACAACUCUGAAGUGGGGAAGAAGCUAGUGAGGAAAAAAGGUCCUCAAUUGUGGUCAUUUCCAACUGAAUUAAGAGCUUUGAAGUUUCUACAUUAGUGGAUGAGUUCUGU